AUGAUCCAAUGUUCAUACAUUUAUCAUAUUUCAAUCAUGAUGAUUUAUAUUUAGGUAAGGUUGAAUGUGGAUUAAAAGUUCAAAAAAUGGUACCUCGGUUUUCUUUUUUUUAAAAUAGAGAAGUUUGAAGUAUAUAUUCAAUGUGUGGUAAAGGAUUAAUAACAUAAGAGAUGGUCUUAAACAUUAAAUAAAAUUAAAGUAUAAGAUAAAUAAAUUGAUGUAAAGCUAAAGCAAUUAAAUUAUUUUAAUGUUGAAGGAUAAAAAAUUAUAAAUAUAAAUAUUAUAUGUCAAUAUAAAAUAUAUAACCAAGAUAGGAAGAUUUAUUCUAUGUACCUGAAAGAGUUGAUAUUCAUAUUUUAAGUUUAUUUCCGAUAUCACUAUUUAGAGAUUGAUAAUAAGACAAUGAAGAAUUAAUAGAGAAAUGUUUUAUUAGUGAUGAGAACUAGAGAAGAAUAACAAAAUUAAUUAAGAAAUUAUUAAUAAAUAAAAGAUACUUAUGGGUAAUUCAUAAAUAAAAUUAAGAUAUGUCACCUAAAGGAGAUAUUUUGACUAUCUCAUCAUUAAUAAAUUUAUAAUUAUUAAGCAAAGUAAGAAAGACAGAUUUAAGUGAUAAAGGUAUUAUUAAAUAAUAAGAUAUGGAACUUAAAUAUUUAAUUACAAUAUCUGGAACAGAAAAAGGAGAUUAUAGAAAACCUGAUUUUAAUUCUUGGAAAUGCUUGUAAAAAAGCAGAACAUAAAUAAAUUAAAAAUGGAGUAGCAAAAUCAUUUGAAGAAGCAUUAAAAUGGAUUUUGGAUGAUCUAAUAAAACAAGAGUUUAAUAGAAUUAAUACUAAAGCAUUCCUUCAAAAAAAGUAAAUUAUAGAUGAUGAUAACAUUAAUGAUUUUAUUUGA